AUGUCGAAGUUCGCAAAAUUUUUAAAGGGAAUUUUAUCCAAUAGAAGGCAAAAAGGCGACUUCGAGACCAUAGCAUUGACAGAGGGCUGCAGCGCUCUUUUUAUAACGAAUUCCCCACCAAAACUUCAGGAUCCAGGAAGUUUCUCCAUACCGUGCAAAAUUAGCUCUGAACUCAUACCGAGAGCCUUCUGCGAUUUGGGAGCUAGUGUCAACCUACUCCCGUACUCUAUGCGCAAGAAGUUGGGACUCCAGAGCAUUAAACUGACUGCUAUGGCACUACAGUUGGCUGACCAUUCAUGUAGAUACCCAAUGGGUAUAGUGGAAAACAUGCCAGUAGAAGUGGGGGGUUGUGUCAUCCCCACGGACUUCAUCAUUAUGGAUAUGAAGGAAGACCUCAAAAUACCGAUCAUCCUUGGAAGACCAUUCCUCGUCACGGCAGGAGCCCUCAUUGAUGUGAAGAAUCACAAGCUAUCAUUGGAGAUCGGUAAAGAAAGAAUUGAAUUUGAUUUGUCCAACCCUUCUAGCUGUGUCUCCUUUUCCCAAGGAAAUCCUAGCAGGAUAGACGCACGCGAGGUCAAGGAGCGCACCUUUCGAGAAAGUUCCCCUCCCGCGGACGACAAGAAAAUAUAUGUCCUACGCGAGCAAAGCUAA